UGCCAUCUAUUGUUGUGGCACCUUGUUGCGGGCAGUGCAGAUGUCGGGCAUGUUCAGAGACUCGAAGCAUUUUGUAGAUAUGCCCGGUAAAUAUUCGCCGGAUCGCAUAUUGGCCGAUUGGCAAUUGUUCUGUUCCUGCAAGAAAAACGAAUCAUCGUUAAAACAUUUGACCAACUUUGUGGAGAAUCACUUUGAUUCGCCCGGCAGCGAGAUAGAAUACUGGAGUCCACCCGAUUGGCGUUGUGAGCCCGCUUAUUUAGCUAAUGUCAAGGAUCCGGAACUCAGGAAAUUUGCCACAGCAUUGAAUCUCAUAUGGAAGAAACUGGGCCGACACUCCAAGGACUGUGUAAGAUCGAAUCCUUUGAUGUACUCACUGGUAUAUGUGCCCAAUCCUGUGAUUGUGCCCGGCGGUCGUUUCAAUGAGUUCUACUAUUGGGACACCUAUUGGAUUGUGCGAGGACUUCUUCACAGCGGCAUGAUCCAAACUGCCCGUGGAAUGAUUGAUAACUUUUUGUACAUUGUGUCGCAGUAUAAAUUUGUGCCCAAUGGAGGUAGGAUCUAUUAUUGGGGACGCUCACAGCCACCGCUGCUGGUGCCCAUGGUGAAGACAUAUGUGGAGAUGACCAAGGAUCAGAAAUACGCCGUGCAAGUGCUGCCGAUCCUCGAAAUGGAGAUGGAUAACUUUCUCAAGAAUCAUGCGGUGCAGGUAAAGGGACGAACCAUGUAUCAAUACCGCGAUAAGUCAUCUGGACCACGGCCAGAGGCGUAUCGUGAAGAUGUCGCCAGUGCCUCGGGUUUCGUCACGGAUGCGGAGAAGGAAGAGCACUACUCGCACUUGAAGGCUGCCUGUGAGUCCGGCAUGGACUUCAGCUCCCGCUGGUUUGUUUCCCCAUGUGGUAACAAUGUGGGCACGUUGGCCAACAUCAAGACCACCUGGAUAGUCCCAGUCGACCUCAACUGUAUACUCUUCCGUAACUGCAAGACCCUCGCUGAGUUCAACACGUGGGCUGGAAAUAAUACCAGGGCGGAGCAUUAUCGGACCAUAGCUGGAAGUCUGAUCAAGGCCAUAACUGCUGUGCUGUGGAACAAGGAACGUGGUGUAUGGUUUGACUAUGAUCUGAAGAACAAGGUGCCGCGGGAUUACUUUGUGGUGACCAAUCUAUCGCCUCUCUGGGCUCGCGCCUAUCCAAUAAACGAAGCCGAUAAGAUAACAGAGUCUGUUAUGAGUUACAUAGAGGAAAACAAACUGGAUUCGUUUCCUGGCGGCGUGCCACACACAUUGAGUAAUACGGGAGAGCAAUGGGACUAUCCAAAUGUCUGGCCACCAAUGAUGCACAUGCUGAUCGAGGGAUUCAACAAUCUGGGUACACCUCCGGCCAAGGAAUUGUCACAGCGCUGGCGAGAACGUUGGGUCAGAUCCAACUAUGAUGCAUUUAAAAAGAGCGGAUUUGCGUAUGAAAAGUAUAAUUGUGAAGAAUUUGGCAGUCCUGGCUUUGGCGGAGAGCAACCCAAUCAGACGGGAUAUGGCUGGACAAAUGCGGUGCUGAUCGAACUGCUGGCCAGGUAUGGACAAGAGCUGACAGCAGCAGAUGCCACCGAAGCUGCCGACGGAGUUUGCACUUGCAACGAUGACGUGUCAACUGGUGUGCCGAUAUUGGAAGAUUCCUUGGAAGAUUGUCCUAUAACGAGUGAGUUGUAUUUGGAGCAGAAGGCGCAGAAUACGCAAACUGUUCCCACGAAUACCGAAUGCGGUGAAAGUGCACCGGAGGUCGAAUGUUGUUCGGUUAUUUGCUGUCAUACGGUGUACGAGGAGGAGGAGCCCGCAAAGGAGAUUGAGAGCUUUGCCACAAGUGAGCAAGAGUGCGGGUGUGGGCAAGAGGUGAUCCCUCCACCACAACCACAGCCAAAAGUGUGUACUGCUCCUGCGCCAACUCCUGCCAAGACGGAGCAGGCGGAAAGUGGUUGUUGUCCAAUGUGUAAGGAUUGUCAGAAGCCACAGAAGCCGCUGAUCUUUGCGCUCGCCUCAGAUAUGGCUAGUCAAGUAUAUUGUCCACCACAAAUCGACCUUAAUGAGGGAUGGAGGACGCAGAAUGGCAGCUGCCCGAUGAACCUGACGCCCUCACAGGAGCAGGAAAUAAUGGCUGAAUGCGGGUGCGAAUCGUCAGAGGCAACCAUGGAUACUGUCGUUUGUUCCCAGACCGAAGAUGAAGAACAGGACGAUGAGUACGCUUGUACAGCUCCUUGUUCCGGAGCCGCAGCUCCCUCCGCCGCCCCCGUAACAGCCAGUCCAAUAAAGAACAAGAUCUUUCCGCUGGCCGAUUCAAUGGAUGAUAAUUGCUUCGAUCUAAAGAAGGACAAGGAAUCUAACACAGAUAAAACCUGUAUGUGUUACCUACAGAAGACAGACAAGGAAAAAUCACCCAAAGAAUGUGACUAAAUUGGGCGAGUGGAGUCGAAGUUGAACGAUUCUUUUCGGUAAAAAAUUAAACAGAAACAGGAUUUCGGCAUACGAAUUAGAAAGUUAAACGAUUCUUUUUGGACCAGUUAAAAUUGAACAGUUCCAUUAUUUUUAUUUUUUUUGCAUCAGAAUGAGAAAUCAAGUACAGAAAUCAUAUUAAAUUUGUUAAUUUCUUCCUCUAAAA